AUGGUAAAUAGACCAGGAAAUAUGAAAGCGGUUCAAGAAUUAAAAACCAAAUCAUUGCAGAUAUCUUCCUUUCCUUUUAAUUCACAAAUCUGUUUACUCAUCAUGCUGAGUUUUCGAGUAAAUGAUGAAGCUCGUCUUCCAAAACUUUUUCAGCAAUUUCGAGUUUCUGUGAAAAUUUUGAGAUUUAAAAAGAAUUAUGUUGGGAAACUGACCACAUGCAGCAUUAAAACACCUCACAACUUAUUCCAAUCUCUAAAUAAGAAUGUUACAUAA